AGAAUCAAUCCUGAACACCCCAAUUAUUGUUCAUGUGGGUGAUUGUAGUGCUCUAGUGUGUGAAAAUCUGCCCAAAUUGCUCCCAGAAUCCCGCGAGAGAGCUGUAUAGCUUCCUCAGUAAGCGCGCACGUGACGAAUCCGUAGACCCACGUGACCAUAAUUCGUUAUGUCAUGUGCUAUCGCGUGACGCGCCACGUGCAUUUCUAAUCAGGAUAGCAAGAGGAGGAGUUAGACCCAAUCCACCAUAUUUCAACUUUUUCAAUCUGACCUUCGUUAUGGUUCUAUCGUCAACUGAAAACAUGAGUUCCGAAAUUCCAAAGCCAACUACGCCGAUAUCAGACGCUUCUAGUCUUCCUUUUUCGCUGAUAAAUCUACUCAAGUGUUCGCCCUCAAACACAGAGAAUAGGCCCAGAAACACUCUUAACACCACCGCACAAGGUAUCCAUAGCAUUUUCCCGAACUUGCUCUCCAACACUGCUUUACAAAAUGUGCUCCCCAGCCCGAGCAUCGCCAGCACCCUGUCUUCCUCCCUUUUAAAAACUUCCCUUGCUUCAGCAGGACUUUCUUUCGGAUCUUUCGACCCUUUCUCUCAACUUGCGGCUCUCAGACUUUUACAAGAAACGAGCUCCAAACUAAAGUCGAGUAUAGCAGUUCCCGUCCCCGUGCGAGUCACACCCUAUCCAACCUCGCGACCUCUCCGAACCUCACCCUCCCCUUUGGAGAUGACAUCACCGAGCGCCAAGACUACCGGUUCUCCUCACACCCGACAUUCGAGCUCAGAGGAGAGCUCCAUCAGCUGUAACAGUCUACCCUACCAUAAAUACUCUCCAUUUGGGGAACUAUAUAGACAAGAAUUGUUGGACGAGAAAGUACUCAGCCCUGCGAGUAUUGCCGCUAACCGAAGCAGCGCUUUUCAACAAGUUUCUCCUGAUUCCAGUGCCGAAAUCCUCCGAGCUAAACUUACCGAUCAAGUCAUGAGACAAGUAUUGAUGAACUCUGAUCCGUUGGGGAAGGUCGUCAACAAAGAUAUGACGAUCAGUGGAGGCAACAAAGCCAACCAUGUCUGUAAAUAUUGUGAUAAGCUGUUUCCAUCUCCAUCCCACCUGCUGAUCCACCUCCGAACCCACUCUGGAGAAAGGCCCUACCCUUGUCCUGGGUGCGGCAAAACCUUCGCCACACGAGGCCAUCUUCGUCGCCACUACCGGAUCCAUACCGGAGUCAAACCUUACAAGUGCCAGGUGUGUGACAAAGCAUUUGCAAACCAAGGUAACCUGAAGACACACACCCGACUCCAUACCGGAGAGAAACCGUAUAAAUGUCCACGAUGCGACAAAGCUUUCGCUGACGCAGGGAACCUACAACGACACAUCACUACUCACACUGGAGUGAAACCGUACAAGUGUAUCCACUGCAGCAAGGCGUUCAGUAGGAGCAGUAAUCUCAAAACUCACCUCUUGACACAUACUGGACUAAAACCUUUCUCAUGCACAUGCUGCAACAAGAGCUUCACUAGACUCAGCUAUCUGAAAGCCCAUAUGAAGGGAAUACGCCAUGCUGACAAGAUCACUAGUCCAGUCUGUGAAAACAACAAAGCCCUCCAGGCUACUUCACAGCCACUAAUGACGUCACAGCCUCUCUCGAUGACGUCACAAAACGCUCUGAUCGCUGCUCUGACCGACAGCAACUCCUCUGGAUUUAGAGCUCUCAGCAAUUUCAGUGUCCAAGUGGUUUGAUGAAAAUAGACUGAUUAGAAAGAGCUGACGCUUGAAAUGUGACCGUUUUGAUGCUGUUUUACUUGUAUAGGACUGUGAAUUGUAUAGGUAUCGUAUUCACUGCUGAUCUCUACAGUUGUUGAAUCUUAGAAUUGUGUGCUAUUUUACAGGCGAAUUUAUGAAAUUUUCUUGCGAUAUAGUUUUAACUUGCAGUGAAAAUAGAGAGAGAAAACAUUUUGUUUGAUUUGAAAAUAAUUUAUUGUUUUAAAAGAUUUCUGUAUUUUAAGUGAAAUGUUGUGACUUUGAAUUGAGUGUGAUUGAUGAUGUUAUCAGUCUAUCUGUUGUUCUCUAUUUUAAGCUAAGAUAUUUCUG